AUGGCAACCUUAACGCGUCCCCUUCCAACGGAACACGAACCACAAAUCCUAUCAAGGCAAUCGAUCGAGUCACUCACAACGCUCAUAAGGGAGGGUGUGCCCGCGCCCUUCCCACACGUAUCGGAGCUACGAGAAGCGGUGGAGGAGGAGGAGCCAGUCGCAUAUGUUGAUUUGACCGAUGAGCGGAUAGACGAGCCUGUGACUCCUGAAGCUCUGAGGCUCGAGAGGAGGGAAGAAGUGCAGUCGGCUGAUUCUGCCGCCAUAACGGCCAUUUAUGAUCUCCAAUCUUCUGUUAUUUCAUCCCUGCAGCAGAUCCUCCUCCCUCCAUCAGCUCGAUCCCGACAACCCUCGCACCAAUCCCAGUCCCACGCACACACUCUUCUCCGCCGGCAUUCCAUGCCUUUUACUGGCCUACGCGACGGCACCCCCGAACAUCAAGCAGGAGAAACCAGUUCCCCUCUGCGGGGCCUGCUCGUCCAGCUCGCAUUAGCAGACGACAGUACGAUGCAGGAGAUCCCGGCUUCUGCACAAGGCGUCGCGCGGGAACUCCGAAGGCGGAUCACAGACCAGCGCGAGUGUCUCAGUCUGAGGGAUUAUCAGCUCGCCAACGCGCUCUGUUCCCUAGCGAGCGAUCUGCUAGAUGUGGACGAGCUAACGCGCCCGGAUUUGUCCAUUGUUGCUCAGCCUCUGGCACCGGAGAGCGUGCGCUCACCAGCAGACGCAUAUGACGCGCUCCUCCGUGGCAUGAGCGCACUCGACGCUCACCUCGUCGACGCGCAGUCCCUUCCUCUGGCAGAACAUUCACCCGUCGCUCUCGUCCAACGCGAACUGCUCUGGAACAGGAUCGACCGCGUGGUAGCCGAUAUCCGCGAACUGGUUCGAGAACCCGCAGAUCCCUUCGCUUCGAUCAACGACUUUCACUUGAAUCGGUUCUCGAUUGAUACGAUGCCACCCGAGUAUGCGUACGACUCUAAGGAUUCCGAGGCGGGGAUGCAUGAGCUCCCGGCAUACGAGCCGAGCGACUAUAUCUACACCAGCUUCGCGGAGAAACCACGCCGCCAGCUGGAUAUGGACGAUAUCGAGGAGGCUAUCGACCAUUUUAAUCGGAACAACCCGCAACUUGUUAACCAGCGGUAUGUCGUCGACCCUGGGCGCGCAGAGAGAAUGGAAAUGGCCAGGCUGGUUGGGGCUGUCGAGAAACUCGUUGCGAGCGGGAGGUUGGAUGACCAGCGGGCGGUGCGGUCUGCCGUGAAGGGCAAGGAGAGGGCCGUGAACCCCGAGCUGGAAGAUGGAAGGCUCUGGGAACUAAUCGAAAAGGCCACGUCGAGGCGGAUGGAGAACCAAAGCGUGGAGAUCAAGGGCGGGAUGGAGCUCCGCUUAGCCAAAGCUGAGUUUAAGGAGAAAGCUAAGAAAGUAGAAUUCAUGACCACUCUCGUGCAGCAUUCUUCGGCCGGAAGGAUGACUUCGCAGGACGCGAUUAUGCGCCCUAACAUACGAGACCCAGAUGCUCUCCUCACCUUCCCGGAGUUUAUCCGCGAGUCGGCGGCGUCCUCCCGCACCUCACAGCCGUUCCUUAAACAGGAGUUUGCGGCUACGGAACCGGAGUUUGGACCGAUGAGGGAGCCGACGAACGUGUGGAGCCGCAAGAGGGGAAGGGACAGGAGCGCGAGUGCCCCGCCUUUGGCGUGGCUGAUGGCUGGGAAGGACGUGAAGGAUGCGAAGGUGAUCGGUAUGAAUGGGGUUAACGGCAAGGUCAUCCCCGAAUCGACACUCUCGGUAUUCUAUGUCGCCGAGCACCUCUCGCGAUUGCGCAAAGUCAGCGUCACCUUUAGCACCGCCGGUCUCCCUCCCAGAGCAGGGAUAUUCCUCGCUGAGGUCCUCCCUCAAUCCCCGAACGAAGUCCAGCUCUCUGCUGGAGAAGUCCGAGCCACGAUCAAGUUACCCGUCAGUGCCCAGCCGAGCAAGCAACACCUGCGAUACCAAGAUAAAUCCUGCACUUUCUCACUCCCCACUCUCGCGUCCUCCUCAUCCCCAACUCCCCAAGAAGGUCUCAACGGGAUUCCCGAACGUCUGCUCGACGCCGCGACUCUCGCCUCCCUCGCCCCGACCGCUUUCACCUGCGCCUCCUGCUCUCUUCAUCUCGUACGCGGAUCCUCGAUAGCACGAUACAACGACUUACCCUCGGAAUACUGGACUGAGCUGGUAGAUGCGUGGAUGUGCCAUGCUGAACAGCCGGUGCCGGAUGCGGCCAAGAGCGAGCAUGGUCUAACUCCUGCCGAUGACCAGGCUUUGGUUGGUGGGAGUUAUGUCCUCUUCAACCAGGAAGCCCUGGUUGAGCAAAACAUUCGACGGCAUGCUAACGACGGGAGUGAUGAGCCGUGGACGGCUGUACGAUGUCUGUGUGGUCAGAUUAUUGGCCGUGCAACGCGCGGAUCGGUGACGCCGGUUGUGUACCGAUUCACGAAGUAUGGCAUUCGUCCGAUCGGUACGAGUGUAGAACCACCCCGAAUACCUGUAUGCGCCUAUGUGGUACAGGAUAUGCGCGAGAGCGUAGAAGCUCAUGCGUGUUACCAUUUUAUCCUCAAUGAUGAGCAAGAGAGCCGGCCGCGAAUACUGAUCUGGCUGUUCAACUCGUCCGUAGACCUGUCAUGGUCCUGCCAGAAGUCAUAUUUCCUACCCAAGAACGGCUCUUGCGCAGGCGCAUUGGUGUUCUACAAGAUGAUUGGGCCAUCGAUGGACCCUAACGAGGUCAUUAACGAACAUCCCGAAUUCCUGCAAGCGCAAUACCUAUACUACCCGAUCGAUAUUUGUCGUCGCUUGGCCGCACUCCUCCGAGAGAGUCAUAACGCAUACGCUGACGGCGCCUCAGUGAAGGGGCUUGGGAAGGCCUGGUUAGCAAGAGAGUAA